AUAGUCGCGGCUGCCGAUCUCAGUCGGCCUCCUCCUCGUGGCGCGCUUCGGCGACGAAGGCGGCAUCAAGACGUUGUUCGAGACGACGAACAGCAGCGGAUCAACGUUGUCGGCGAAAAUCAUCGCGAGAGUCCCGCGUCAUGAGGGCCUAGCGUUCGACACCGUGGGUCAUCGUGGGUCGUCAGCGUCGGGCGUGCGAGAAGGAACGGCGGCGCGCCGGCGGAAGCCCGGAUAGUAGGAGGAGGAGGCACCCGACAACAUGGCCGCCGCCUGCUACGAGAAGGAAGUGGUGGUAGGUGCCGCCAUUCAUCACGGACAUGGACACCACCAUCACCACCAUCACCACCACCAUCAUCAUCACCAUCAUCACGCUAACGGAGUCGUUGCGUCGUCCGUCGGCAGUGUAACCGCCCAGACAGUACUACCGGCGACGUCUACCGGCCUCGACGAUGCUGCCGUCGUCGCCGCCGCGGCCGCCGCUGCCGCUGCUGCUUCCGCUUCCAGCAACUCCGCUGCGGCUACCGCGGCCGCGGCUGCAGCCGCCGCUGCCGCGGCCACUGCCACAGCCGCAGCUGCCGCCGUGGCAAUUAACAGCUACAAGGUGCAAGAAUACAAGGACUACUCGCAACCGCUCCACGUGGACUGCAGCGUUGAGUACGAGCUACCAAGCCAGGCGAAGCCACCGCCCGGUGGCGGCGAGCCCCUCCUAAUGAUCCAUCCGUGCUACUAUCGACGCGCCGAGCGCGAGAGGAGGAGCCCUUUCGUCAAUAAUUUGCCGCCCCCGGCGGCGCCGACGACGGCGCCUAUGUCCGCUUCCCGCAGGAACGGUCGCAGGAGCGCCGUAACGGCAUCCGCGUCCGCCGGCGUAGCUGCCGUGACGGUUGCUACGGCAGCCGCAGCGGUCGCAGUCGCGGCGACUUCCUCGACGACAACGACGGUCGUGCCGCCGUCGAGUAACAUCGUCGUUUCCUCCAACGUCGUAUCUGCCUCCGUCGUAUCGCCGGCGACGUCCAUUGCAACGUCCUCGGUCGCCGCGGCGGUAGUAGCUGCCGCGGAUUCCGGUAGUGGCCUCAUAUCCACAAACGGCCAGAUGUCCGCCGUCACCAUGGCUGCCUCGUAUCGUGCGGCACUUAAUGUUGCGGCCACAUUGUCUCAGCAACAGCAGCAGCAGUCUCAACGGCGGCAUCAUCCCCAACAGCAACAGCAGCAGCAACAACCACCGACUCAUCAUCAUCAUCACCAUCAUAGAAAUCAUACUCAUGCUCAUCAUCAGCAACAGCAGCAGCAACAACAACAGCAGCAGCAUCAUACUCAGCAACAAUCUCAACAACAACGACCCAUGACACCAACGGCUUCUGGUACCGACGUCAUCUCUGCUGACGAGAAGGCAGUCAUAUCAGGUAUUUAUCAACAUUACUUCCGCGCCAUGCGUCACAAUCAUCAACACCGCCAGCAGCAACAGCCACAGCAGCAGCAGCAGCAGCAACAUCGUACCGCUACUACUCAUCAGCUCCUUCAUCAACCUCACCAAAGCGACCGAAGUUCCUCUUCUUCGUCAUCGGUCACGUCUCCGACGUCCGUGUCAAUCUCCGGUAUUCUACGACAGACUUAUCAGCAGGCAUACAGCAAUAUUGCGGCCACGAGUUCGAGCUCGGGCAGCCAUCAUCGCGCCAGCACAUCGGCGGUCUCGGCGGUCACCCAUCAUCCCUACAGGCGACCGUCGGUGACGUUGCUGUCGCGAACGGCUUCGCAUAUCGGUCAGCAGGCUUCCUCUUCCUCGUCAUCCUCCUCCUCCUCGUCCAUCUUCGGUGCUUCCAACGGCGUUUCUGCUGCGGCCGGCGUCUCCAGCGUAUACGCGAGCACGAUACACAGGCAUCACGCGACUUCUCUGCACGCUCUUCAGGCCGCCGCUGGCUUCUAUGAGACGCCGAGUUAUCACGCUCUCCUGCCUCAAAGUUAGACGACAGCCGGAUGUCCGGACGGUUUCGCGGCGUUGGGUAUCUACGCGUGAACAACAACGGCAACGGAUCGUGGUCGAACUAUUGCGAAUCAAAACGAACGUGUAUCGAAUCUCGAUCAUACUGACUCGCGGUAAUCUCUGAGUCUGUUCUCGAGUUUUUCUCCAUAUAUUCUUAUCAAGCUCUCGAUAAAAACUGAGAGAACUUGUUGAGAAAAAAGAAGUUAAGUCGAGACGUGAUUUCCGAGGGCUGUUCGUGUCAGCUAAGAAUUAAGAAAAAGCGUUAUGGAAUUUUUUAAAAACUUUUUCUUGAUGUCUUAAUACGCGCGUUUGCUUGUAAAGCGCAAUUCAUAACAGCAUCGUGGACAACUGCAGGAGCUUGUUGUCAGCGAUCGUACAAUGAUGGUCAAAUUCGACACGAAAUCUUCGUUGUCGAUUGUUGUUUGCGUCGAGUAUUCCCGACGUUUCACGUGUAGAUUAUGUACAGACUCAUUUUACGCGUAAUUUACGUAGACGAUGCAUAGUCGAUGUAGACAACACUUAUUAUGGCUGUGCUCUGUCCUCCUUCCCUUCUCUUUUUUCCCGAUAUUAUGUUUAAGGGAGAAACCUGUACUUUAUAAUCGCGCGAUAGUCGUUUUGUAGGAUCGAUCAUUUUACAAUACUAUUUUUUCGUAUGCAUUGAUUUCGAUAGAUACAUCAUAAUCAACGAACGUUACUGGUUUAACUUUUAUUUGCGGAUAUGUGUAAUUUAUGAAGUUCGUAGAGAUGGAUGCGAAAGGAGAGAGAUUUACAUAAACGUGACACAAAAUAGUGACACGGAGAAAGCACGUGAUAUCUUUGCACGAUUGUAAAUGCGAAUAAUUUAUAUUAUAGAAACGAGAGAACAUCGAGCCUUUCUAACCGAAAAUAUCUGCGAUGAAAUGGCUCCCUCCCCCCCUGGUUAAAUUCGAAGAAACGCUAAAGACUUAAGGUGCGAUUUUAUUGACGCUAGAAACCAGCGGCAGCGUCAAGAAAAUGUAGUGGAGGAAGAAGUUCUGUUGAAUUUUGCGGUACGCUAAAAAGUUGAGACGGUCUGAACUUCUUCCCCCACUACAUUUUCUUGACGCUGCCGCUGGUUUCUAGCGUCAAUGAAAUCGCACCUU